UUCGUCGUCAAAAUAUAUAUAUCGAUAUUUGUGAAAAUUGUAAAAGAACUGUAUGCAUCGAUGGCGGGGGUUUCUCUCAAGUGCGGUGACUGUGGUGCUCUGUUGAGGUCGGUUGAAGAAGCUCAAGAACACGCUGAGCUCACCUCACACUCCAACUUCUCCGAAUCCACUGAACCCGUUCUCAACCUCGUUUGCACCGUUUGCGCCAAACCUUGCCGAUCCAAAACCGAGAGUGAUUUGCACACGAAAAGAACCGGGCACACUGAAUUUGUUGAUAAGACUUCGGAGGCAGCAAAGCCAAUAAGUUUAGAGGUUCCAAAGGUUGAUGAUGCUACUUCAGAAGAGCCUCUCGGUGCAACCACUGACCAAAAUGAAGAAAUGGUUGUUCCAGAAGUUGACAAAAAGCUACUCGAGGAACUUGAAUCAAUGGGUUUUUCAACAGCACGAGCGACGCGGGCACUUCAUUUUUCUGGUAAUGCUGGCCUUGAGGCUGCUGUAAAUUGGAUAGUAGAGCAUGAGAAUGACCCUGAUAUAGAUCAGAUGCCCAUGGUACCCGCCAACACCAAAGUCGAGGCUCCUAAACCUUCUCUUACCCCAGAAGAACUGAAGGCCAAACAACAGGAACUAAGGGAGAAGGCUCGCAAGAAGAAAGAAGAGGAAGAGAAGAGAAUGGAGAGAGAAAGAGAAAAGGAGAGAAUUCGCAUUGGCAAGGAGUUGCUGGAAGCAAAGAGAAUUGAAGAAGAUAAUGAGCGAAAACGGUUGUUGGCUCUGAGAAAAGCAGAGAAAGAGGAAGAGAAAAGGGCUAGAGAGAAAAUCAAGCAAAAGUUGGAAGAAGACAAGGCAGAAAGAAGGCGAAAACUUGGAUUGCCUCCAGAGGAGCCUUCAGUAGCCAAACCUUCAACUGUUGUAGAGGAGAAAAAGAGUUUUCUGCCAGUUAGGCCUGCAACAAAAGCUGAGCAAAUGAGAGAGUGCUUGCGUUCUCUCAAGCAGAACCACAAGGAGGAUGAUGCCAAAGUAAAGAGAGCAUUCCAAACUCUUCUAACUUAUGUGGGAAAUGUUGUCAGAAAUCCUGAGGAGGAGAAAUUCAGGAAGAUUCGGCUUACUAACCAAUCUUUUCAGGAAAGAGUUGGUGCUUUGAAUGGGGGCAUUGAAUUCCUGGAAAUUUGCGGGUUUGAGAAGAUCGAUGGUGGUGAGUUUUUGUUUUUGCCAAGGGAUAAGGUUGAGAUUGCAGUCCUGAAUUCAGCUGGAUCUGAACUAGACUCUGCAAUAAAGAAUCCCUUUUUUGGAGUUCUUUAGUAGAGACAAUUGUUAAGAGGCUUGACAAUUUUAGUUUGAUGUUUCAAGGUCAAUUGCUACCAUUUGUUCAUUAGACCGACUUUGUUAUUUUACUCAGCUCGAAGUUAUUUAUCCAGAGAAUUAUGCUUGUGCUAUAUAAGUUUUAGAUUUAUAUAAAG